AUGUAUCGUCAUGGGAUAAUGUACAAUAAUGUUUGUACACAUCAAUCGCCUGCAUCAUGUCAUCAUCAUGAAAUCAACGUAUGUUCACCAUACGAUGUUGCAGAACCCUUGCCAAUGCCUACUCUAAAUUGUUGUGGUUCAUCAUAUUGUCACGACUAUGCUUGUAGACGAGAUAUUUCAUGCCGUAAUUAUCCAUGUUACGAUUGCGUUUCACGAGUUGUUCCACCACCAAUAACUCUAACGAAUGUUCGCAAUGAUAUUCGCUAUGUUGUCGAUGAUCCCGAAAUGAUUUAUGACGAUGACUAUGGAAGUACUUAUAGAUUAUCUCGAUCAAAAGUUCAAUUAGUUGAUUUGGUACCAAAACAUAAUGUGCGAACGAUUUCUAAUCGUUUAGUUGUAUCGAACGAACCACGAGAACGAAUUAUUUUACCUCGUUCAACUGUUCUACGGCAAUCAUCAGUUCCGAUCUAUGAAAGACGUAAACCUGUACGAUUAGUUCCAUUAUAUCACUCAGCAGAACCUCAAUAUCUUGUGUCGAAUCGAAUACCAAUGACUAGAAAACUUGUACCACUUGCAACUGUAUGUCAUCCAAAAAAACGAACUAUAAAAGUGCGCUCGUUAUCUCCUUAA